AAAAUGCAUUGCAAUGCAUUCUUCGAUCUUGUCCGCUGGAUCAUUGACGAAAGACGUAAAGAAAACAUUUCAGAGCUUUCCAAUCAGACAUGUUUACUUCUGUCCUGUAGAGUGUAGUGUAGAUCAGAUGUACGAGACCUUGGAGUGACUGGCUAGCCAGAGGCUCGCAGUGACCAGGGCAUGUCUCCUGCAAGAAACUUGCUUGGCUCGUCCGUCCCAUCGCUCAAACAGUUUCUUCAUCGGCAACGUGUCAUCCGUCUGUACCGAACACUCUUGAAGACAGCACGGCGAAUUCCGGAUGAAGACUACAGGCGUGAGAUAAGUCGCUGGACAAAGGAAGGCUUUCGUCAAUACCAACAUGAAGCGAACGAGGAUAUUGUGCGUGUCCAGAUGGGCUACGGGGAGAAAUCGCUCAAGGAACUCCAGCAGACUAUUGCGCUAGCAAGAUGACUCCCCCCACCUCCACUCUCCGGUACUGAGGACUGAUAUGACAUUGUGCUAACGUCACUGCCAGAGAGUUAAAAGCUCCUUUAUGGCAUCACGGAGCUGUGGUCAUCAUUCAUCUGCCACUUUGUGUGUAUGACCCAUGCCGGCGUUAGGUUCACUUGUCAGAAGUGCCAACUCAACCCGUGCUUGGUUUCAGCAAGGAGUACCUCUUCCACAAAGGCCACUGAGUCUACAAAGCCCUCAAAACAACUAACAGGGCAAUAUUCCACGCGCUUGUCACUUGUGGAGCAGUCAUGAGCAAUGGUGGUGGUGGUUACCAGUAGCUUCUGCCCUCAUCUAGUGUCUCCGGCGUUCCGUGAUGCAUUCCAAAGCCACGCGCGGCCUGGGCUGACGGUUUGUGUUGGACUUUCGGUCGGUGUUACAGAACCUAAGGCCAUGUCACUGUGACUCUCAUUGACAUGGCCUUAAAAUAACUCUAUCGUAUCAUUUAUUUUUGCUCUUCAUCUCUUUCCCAGCAUCUCGGGCUGUUUGAUACGUACAGAAUAUGGGAAUACAAGUACAUUUUAAAA